CUGGUGGACAUCACCGACAUCCAGAAGGUGUACAAAGUGCUGUCGGUGCUGCCUGGAAGCGGGAUGGGCAUCUCCAUAGCAACGCCCUCCACUCAGAAGCCUUUGGUGUUUGGUGCCAUGAUCCACAGAGACGAGGCGUUUGAGACCAUCUUCACGCAGUACAUGAAGAUGGCCACCAGCUCCAAACCGCCGCCCAGCGCCGAGCUCUAG